AUGGCAACGGUAAUAAAGGAUCGUGUUAUUCCUACUAUGGAUACUUUAGUUAAAUAUGAUAAUCCAGUCCUAGUCACAAUUCGUCCAGAAAAGGUAUAAUAUAAAUAGAUAAAAGAAUAAAGCAGUUUUUAUUGAUAAAGCAAAUACCAUCUUUCUCCUUAUUAUAUUUACAAUUGAGAUUACAAUUUAUUAUAAAUUAAUUUAUAACAUUUCUUAUUAAAACAGGUAACGAAAGAACAGGUGCCAAAAAUCGGAGUAACAGUUUGUAAAGUAGAAACCACUAUUCCUAUACUCGAUACAAGACGCGAAACUUCCGAGAUUCUCAAUAAAAUUUUACCGCCUAAACAAUGGGAAGAGGAUGGUCAAGUUUGGACUCAACGGGUAUCAAGUACACCGGCAACGAGAUUAGACGUUAUCAAUUUACAAGAACAUCUAAAUAUGAAGUUGCAACAAAGGCAAGCAAGAGAAACUGGUAUUUGUCCAGUACGUAGAGAGCUUUAUACACAAUGUUUUGAUGAAAUAAUACGCCAAGUGACGAUAAACUGUGCAGAACGUGGAUUGCUUUUACUUAGAAUUCGAGAUGAACUUAAGAUGACAUUAGCUGCGUAUCAAACUUUGUAUCAAAGUAGUAUCGCUUUUGGUAUGCGCAAAGCUUUGCAAGCUGAGCAAGGGAAGGAAGAUUUGAUUGCUGCCGCGGAUGAGCUUCGAUCGCAAAAGGCUGAAUUAGAAAAAACAGUUCUCGAACUUAAACAGAAAUUUGAACAAGCUGAAAGAAGAGCAGCUGAAUUAAGAGAAGCUGAAGAGAAAAAACACAUGGAAGAGAUACAAUUUUUGAAAAAGACAAAUCAGCAGCUCAAGGUAAAUUUUUGCGUGUAAUUUUUAUAUCAAUCUCAAAUAAUUAUAAAAACUUCGCCGAGUUGCCAUUAUUUUUAUUUCAGACGCAAUUAGAGGGAAUCGUUGCACCAAAGAGAUAA